UCGCGGCAUUAGAGCGCUUACAGCGAACGCGAAAGGAAAUAUAAAAAAAGAAAAUUAUUUAUUGUUUUUUUGGGGAAAAUUCUCCUCUUCCUCCUCCUCCUUCUUUAAUAAGCACUAUUCGAUAUUAAAAUCAUGGCCGACACGAAAGUGGAUUCCGCCACGGAAAUUUCCGCCAAGGACUUGAAAGAGAAGAAGCUCCUUGAGGAGAAGGAGAAUGGAAAGGAAGCUGCUAAUGGAAAGGAAAACGAGGAGAACGGAGAGCCAGAGAUUGAUGAGGAAGAGGAAGAUGAAGUAGAUGAGGAAGAUGAGGAGGAUGAUGGAGAAGGAGAUGAAGACGAGGACGAGGAUGAAGAGGAUGAGCUCGGAGGUGGAACGAAACGAGGGGCUGAUGAGGAUGACGAGGAUGAUGAGGACGAGGUGGACCCCAAGAAGCAGAAGACGGACGACGACGAUUAAAGGAUCGUUCCCCGCUGCUUAUCCUCAGCACGUUUGUUGGAGCCAGUGGCGUAAAGGACUCAAAACAUAAACAUGGUCAUUUUUCAAGUUCACCACCCACGUUCAACCAACUAACCCCCCCCCCCCCAAAAUGCAAAAUUUU